UAUAUCGUUUCUGACCAAUCAUCAUAAUUAUCUGUCGGUUUCCAAUUUUUUACAUUGAAAUUUGUUGUGUGAAAAUCCCGCUUGGUGGGUGGAUUAACAUGCCGUAUGUGGUGUGUAUUUCGCGGGCUGAUGAAGAAAGGAUACUUUAAAUAAAUUUUUCAGUAUUGUUCUUUAUAAAAUCAUAAUUAAUUUUAAGCAGUAUAUCAAUCUAUUGUCCAUAUACGUUUUUAUACAUUACAAUAAUUAGUUGACGUAUUACAUUUUGUUAGAACUACGUAUGUUAGAAUAUUUGUAGCCUAACCUACAGUAUAACAGGCAACGGUUUUUGGACAUACUAAUAACUCAAAUUCUGUUAUAUGAACAUUCAAAUGUAUUUUGCUGGAUCAUAAUGAUGAUUAGUAAGCUUUUCAGUUUAUUUGUGAUACAAAGCUAUGUUGAGUUAGGUUGAUUUUUUUUAUUGAAAAUAAACUACACAACCUUUGAGGUUAUGAUGUGUUUCAUCAAAAACAAAACUAUUUUUCUUUAUGGUGUCAUAUUUGUGGCAGAGUGAUGUCUGGGGGGCGGUGUGUGCUAGACUGCCAAGGUCUGCACUGCAGACAAUGUUAGUGCAGUGAUGUAAGUGAUAUUUGUUGGGUAGCGAUGCUGCCGCUGAGGACAGAUGUGUGUCGUCACUCUCUGAAUUUGCAUUGAUUGCUCUGAAAAAUGAGAGAACAGGACACGGUUAGCCACUCUGUCUGGCAGAAAUGGGUGCUGGAUGCUAUCAUCAAAAUCCGCGCCCAAAAACAACGGCCGUCAGUUGAGCGAAUUUGCAACACUGUCCGCCAGUCGCACGUUUAUCCGGAUGAGGUGAUUAUCGAACAUUUGGAACAAUGUGUGGUGGAUGGGACGGUGCUGAAGGUGUUCAACCAAGGCCAGAACACUUACAAGGACCCCAGCGGCGUGCAGCGGCGACAGAUCGAGGUCACAAAAACCACCGACCUGUCGAAAAUUGUGAUCAGAACUAUAAGGGAGCUGAACGAAGAGGGUGGCUCCUCGUUCAAGAGCAUCGAGAGCUAUGUGCAACAGUCGCACGCGUUGGAUGUGACCGCCGACACCGACCUGAGCGCUGUGCUCAAGUCCUCAUUGAAGACGGCCGUAGAAAAGGGCGCAUUGGUGCAGAAUGGCAAGCUGUACAACCUGCCUGCCGACGUGUUGGCUGAGCGAGCCAUCAAGUUCAGCGGGGGCAAGCGGCGCAGGAGGCGUUUUCCACGCGAAAGCAUCAGCGAAUCGCCCAAGAAGUCGGCUCUGCCGAUCUGCAGCGAGUGCCUGGGUACGGCGGAGAAGAACGGUGCGGGGGAGGCGGAGGAGCUGUCUGCGUGUGGCGGAUGCGGCGGGACGUCGGUGCAUCUGUCCUGCAUUGGGGCGUCGCUGAGUGCCGAGCUGGCUACGCUGCUGAGGCUCGGCAAGCCGCCGUCAAAGUGGUUCUGCGAGGAGUGCCGAGUGUGUGCUGGCUGCAAUGCCGCCAAGGAUCAGAUCUGCCUACUGAACUGUCGCACGUGCGAACGCGGCUACCAUGUGGAGUGCCUUGAGCCGCCGGCUGAACGACGCCCCAAGACGCCUUGGCGCUGCUCCCACUGUCUCGAGCACCACACCACCCCUCCUCCCCCACCACCCCCUCUCACCCCAUCCACACCCAAGGCAAAGGCCUUGACCAAUAGCUUACGAAUAGCCACCAACAAGGAGUUGAAAAAACAAAGACUGGCAGCUCGAGGACUGACGUCUCGUGCAGGCGGCGGCAAGCGAACGGCAAGUGGUGCGACGUCGGCUGCGGAGAACAGCUGCGAGGAUGUCAUACAUCACAUAAACAGCCUUUUGGCGACGGAAUUGCCGCCUGGUGUAACCCACAAAGAUAUAGAACUCUUCAAAGAGACUCGAGAGCGGUCUAUUCAAAGUGUACAGUACAUGCCCCUGCUGGUGGAUGGUGCUACAGGGGACACCGCAACCACAUCCAACUCAGGGGUGGGGAUAGAGACCACGCCAAUUGCAGCCAAGGCCACGCCUACUGCAGGCAAAGCCACGCCUUCUGCAGGCAAGGCCACGCCUUCUGCAGUCAAGGCCACGCCUUCUGCAGUCAAGAACACACCUGCUGCCUUGGUUCAGCCGCGGUGUCCGGCGGCCAUCGAAUUCGGCCAGUACGAGAUACAAACGUGGUACUCGUCACCCUUCCCACAAGAGUAUGCAAGGCUACCAAAGUUAUUUCUGUGUGAGUUCUGUUUAAAAUACACAAAAAGUAAGGCUGUGCUUGAGAGGCAUCAAGAAAAAUGUACGUGGAAGUAUCCGCCGGGAACAGAAAUCUAUAGGAAUAAUGAUCUUUCUGUGUUUGAAGUUGAUGGGAAUGUCAACAAAAUAUAUUGUCAGAAUCUCUGCCUUUUGGCAAAACUAUUUCUGGAUCACAAAACGCUUUAUUAUGAUGUGGAACCUUUCCUUUUCUACGUUCUCACGAAAAAUGACGUAAAGGGCAACCACCUGGUGGGCUACUUCUCGAAGGAGAAGCACUGCCAGCAGAAGUACAACGUGUCGUGCAUCAUGACAAUGCCGCAGUACCAGCGCCACGGCUACGGCCGCUUCCUGAUCCACUUCAGCUACCUGCUGUCGCGGCAGGAGGGCCAACCAGGCACACCUGAGAAGCCGCUCUCCGACCUCGGUCGCGUCUCCUACCACGCCUACUGGAAGUCGGUCAUCCUCCAGUACCUGCAUGAGCAUCGCCACCAGCCCUUCUCCAUUCAGGCCAUCAGUCGCCAAACCGGUGUGUUCAGUCACGACAUAUCGACGACGCUGGAGCUGCUUGGGAUGGUGAGCGAGACAGGUGAUGGCGACAUUGAGCUGUGUGUCGACUGGCAGGUGGUCGACGCCUACAUGGCUCGAGGCAGGACAAGGAUAGAGAUAGAUGCCGAGUGCCUCAGGUGGACGCCUCUCAUUUCCACAAUCGCCAAUCCGUUCAGAGAGAUCGUCACCAGGUUUGAAGCAGACAACGACAUGAAGGCUGUGAAAGUGGAGAAGAAAGACGAGAGCGAGAGUGGGGAUGUGGCCAGCAAUAAGAGUGACAGCGAAUGCGAGCAGCAGGAAAAUGAUUCGAAAUUGGUGGCUAAACGAGAGUCAGCGUCGAAAAAGGGGGCAAACCGAGUGAAGCAGCAACAACAACAACGCAAAUCAGGGGGGGCCGCAGCGGUAAAGGAGGAAACCAAGAAGGUUGCAGCUACCGGCAAGAAGGCAGGUGGCGGAUCGAAGAAAGUUGGCGCCCGCGGCGGAAAAGUGAAGGGCGGCGGCCGGUGGCCCAAGGCGGCUGGCAAGAUGGGCAAGUUUGUUGUCAAGGAGACCGAAGAGAAGCCAAUUGUGGUUGAUGACGACGAGUCCGAUGCCAGCAGCACGCCCAUCACCUCGCCCAAAAAGAAUUCCACCAAACAAAAACUGCUGCUCGACUUUUUUGGCAGGAAACGCGACCUGAAGACGAAUGCCGCUGCGAGUAAAGGGGGCAAUUCCCCUAAGAAGGCUCAGCCGUCACCUGCAGCCUCGCCUGCCAGUGAACAUGUGGAAAAAGACAAGGUGUCGAGGAGAAAGCGACGAUUGGACGAUCCAGAACCGUCUGAGCCGGCCAAGAAGCCGAAGGUUGUUGAGGAGGCAGUGGAGACCAGCGGCAGGUCUGCAGUGAAGGCGGGUCGCCUCGCAACCAGUGCUGCCAACCAGGUCGGUUCCAGCAGGAGUCGCACUCAGAUCGCUGCUGAUAACCCACUGAAGAACUCCCAUACCAAAAGCAAAGUGAAGACUGCUAAAAGUAAUGCGAAGAAUGCUAAAGGUAAAGGAAAAGGAAAAGGAAAGGUCAAGAAAUUGCUCAAUGCUAAAGCCAAAAAAGCGCCUGCCGCAGAAGAACCAGUGGUACAAGAUGAUAAUAGCACUGCAGACGCUCCAGCUUCCGAUAACAUUGACUCUGACAAACCGAUGUCGAAGCGACUGAAGAGAAAAAUGGCUAAGGAGCGCCAAUCGCAGGCUGCCACUGAACGGUGGAAGCUGAAGAGAGAGAAAGCGGCACUUUCCAAAUCCGAGCAAGAAGACACUGAUGUUGAAAACAACAAGACGAAAGACAAAGAUGACGGAGGAGUUGAAGAAGAACUGGAUGAGAUGCCGCUGUUGUCACCGGAGGUACAAGGCUCACGGGACGAAGACGGGCCGUCACUCCACCCCCUCUCCCCCCACUCACCGCCCUCACUGCCGGUCGAGAAUGCUUCUGCCUCCCCUGUCGACGAGGCGGUUCCAAAGAUGGAUCUUGACGAAUCAAACGAAGAGCAGAAAAUGCAAGUUGAUGAUGAAGAAGAGGAGGAGGGAGUGAUGGAGGAGAAGGAGAAGGAGGAGAAGAAAAAGUUGCCGAUUGUGACAGCUGCAGCGGACACUGAUGAAAAGAAAGAAGUGGAAGAGAUGAAAGUGGAGGUGGUGUCACCGGCUGAGGAAUGUCAAACCAAGGAUGACGACAGUGUGUCUCGUGAGGAGGAUGUUGCAAAGGUGGACGAGGAGGAGGAGGAGGAGGUGAAAAAGGAGGAAGUGGUUGAUAGAGAGGAGGAGAAGAAAGAAGGGGGCAAUAGUGAAGGAGGAGAAGAGACAGUUGGUGGUCCCUCGUCACCAUCUUCGUCUUCGUCUUGCUCGAGUCGUGGCGAGGUGAAGGCGGGGGGCAAGGGGGACCACACUCUCUGUCCCAGUCCCCAGCCCGCGUCGCCCCCCUCCCCGCCUCGCGACCCCACCCCUUCCCCCUCCUCGCCACCCACGUCUGACAAGGAGGCCGACAUCACUCUCUCUCCCAGCUACUCUUCGUGCUCGGCGCCCAACUCCAAUGCCAAACCCCCCGAUCACGACGAAACCACGUUCAAGGUUGACAAUAACGAAGUGAGCAAAGCUGAUGACGGCAAGUUUGAAGGAAGCGUGGAAUCCAACAUCAAAGAUAAGCCAGUGGAAAGUUGCCAGCCAACAUUUUCGCAAGCCAACUUCAAUAACACAACUGAUCCAAAACCAAAUAUACAGCAAAAAGGCUACGAAAACCAGCAUGUUCCUCCGAGACUGGAAUUCACUGGGGUGUGUGAUAAGGCUGUCAAUGGACAUAGGGCAAACAAUAGUGGAGAAACACCGCUCAGAAAUAACUUUGAGAAAGUUGAGGAAAAACAGAAGGUUGAUGUCGAUCUCACUCAAGGCGAUAGUAAGCCCAAGAGAAAGAAUGAAGGUGACAACUAUAGUAUGGAGGAAGAGAGACGGUUCUCUCCUAAGAAAUUGUCGCCUCCAAAAGAAAUAGUUGCGAGUAGUAGGGAGAAAGUUUAUCAUGACUUUGAUAGAGCAGAAAGCAAAGUUGACCACCGGUGUAAGAGUAAAGAGUAUUCGCGUAAAAGUGAGGCAGUGUCCGAACGGGAACAACACCCAGCGAAACGGAAGGAGUAUGUUUGUGAUGAGGAUAGUAGGUCGAUGCAAACAUCGUCUCCCAAGAUGAGAACAAAGAGUCGGUCGUCGCCUGAUAGGGAGAGUGAGAGACAAGCAACAGAUCUGACGGACAAUGUGUCAAGUGUUAAAUACAGCAUGCCACACGAGAUGCCCAGUAUGGGCGUGUACACACCAGACUCGACCACCAACUCGGUGCACUCGAUGCAUGGCUAUGGCCAGUGUGACAUGGACGUCAAUCAGCUGGGUUUGGAGUCGCCCGCGUCAAUAUCAUCCAACGACAUGAACAACCCAUCUGUGCCCGAAGCACCGCGGCCCCCUUCAGCGCUUGCGCCCUACCCUGACUGUGCCCAGUCGCUGCAACAUCACCCCCAUCACCAUAUGGUGCACCACGUGGCACCACCGCAUCAGUACCAGCCCCCAGUCAAACCACCGCUGGGGUCUGGCGGUAGUGGUAAUAGUCACCAUCCAACAGCAACAACCAGCAGCGGCGUCACCACUAGUCACGUGGUCACUCAGAACCACGCCAUGCCACCACACCCCCUCCACAACCACACCACCAACGUGCUGGUGCAAGGCCACCCUGUCUCCAACCAAACUCACAUCAUCAGUCACCACGGGUUGAGCGCUGCUCCUACGCACAGUGUGGUUGGUCACACUCAUGCUGCGGCUGUUCACCACCAUGGCGGCGGUGGCGGUGGCGGCAGCAGCACUGCUAGCAGGAAGAGUAGUAGCAGUCAACACCGCAGCAGAGGCACACCACCAACCGCCACACCUCCACCGCAACCACAGCCGGUGCUCAGGCAUCCACACGCCCACCCACACGCAGCUGUGGCCCAACAGGGGGCAGGGGCGUAUGGAGUGGGGGUGGGCGGACACCACGUGGGCCAGCAGGCGGGGGGAGGCAGUUACAUUGUGCCUCCACAGCCCACCUCCUAUGUCAGCAUGCCCACAGUCAUCCAGCACCGCAUGGCUCAGCAGAACGCAGCCCGAUCAUGCUCAGUCUCCACUCCGACCAACUUCUACCUGCACCCUCAUUCCUCCCCUGCCCUUUCCUCCAACCCCACCCCCCAGGCAACCCCUUCAUCCAGCCUCGCCAAGCUGCAACAACUCACUAACGGUCUGGACAUUAUAUCGCCGCCACCCCCGGGCCAACACUCGUCGAUGACUCCACCGCCCCCGAAUGCCGCCGCCGUCACGCCCCCCUCCACUCACCACUCCACCAUGACUCCGCCGCCCCCCAACAUCCACCCCAACUACCACCACAAGUUCUACCCCACCAACCUGCCGCCUGCUCGCACUUCGUCUCGCCCGCACAUGUCUACCUCUGUGGCAGCGAGCAGUUCGCGUGGGGCGGACGUGAGCAUAUCGCCCAACCUGAUGGCGCAGUACAGCUCGGUGCAGUUGAACGGCUACCGCAUGGGGGUGGCGGGUGCCGGGGGCGGCUCAGUCGGGGGUGGCGCCACUGUCACCGGCUACAUCACCAACACGGCUGCCGCCUCCUUCAUCAACACCGGCCACAGCCAGGCCACCUUCCCCGUGCAGAACCUCUACCACCAGGAGCAGCAGAACUCCAUGUACACAUAUGGAUACAUCAGCAGUCUGCCCAUGCAGUCUCUCAACUCGUCCAUGCCUCCCAUGCGCCGCUAAAGUGUCAUCUAAAAGUAUUUAAUUGGUCACUUAGACAACUUGUAAAAUUUAAAAUGGAUUUGUUAAUCUCCAGUUUUUUCAAAAAAUGUCAUCUACUUUGUCAAAUAUAUCUUGCAAAAUGUGAAAUUAAGGUGUAUUUUCAAAAUGUCUGUUAAAAAUGUAGUUACAAGUGUAUUGGUGUAUGAAAAUUGAAGUUAUAUAGUUUGUAGCUGGAACUACAAUAGCUAUUUUUACUUGAUUUUUGCAGUCUUUCUCAGUUUAGUAGUCAAAUACUAUUUUGUAUAUCUUUUGAAGCGUGUGGAGUGUCUUCAUAAUUGUUAUUUUUGUAGCUGGAACUACAAACGUUAUUUUUAGUUGUGCAUGAACUCUGUCUAAUUGAACUUGCAAAAUGUCAAGAGGAAUUUGUAAUCUCCAGUACUUUCAAAAUGAUUCAUCAGUGUUCUGCUCAGUUGAAAAGCGAAACAAUGCUUUUUUUAGUUAUACAAGCGCUAGACAAAUAAAAAUAACUUGCCAAAAAUGUAACCGUAUUUCUAGAAUAUAUAAACUGUUCCAUAAUUUGAUAUAAUUUUAUUCUUAAAAUUAUUCUAUUUUUGUAGCUGGAACUACAAACAUUGUUUUUAGUCGUGUAUGUACUUUUCAAAAUAGAACCUACAACAUGUGAAAAGGAGAGCGAUCUCCAGAAUUUUCAAAAUGCUUCAUCAAGCAUUCUGAGCAGUUGAAAAUGUGAAAUUACUUCGUAUUUUAGCUAGAACAUCAUCCAUUAUUUACAAUCACAAAAUUGUCAAAGUGUUUAAGCACUAAAAGUUCCAUCCACAUAUUUCUCAGUUUAGCAGCCAAAUGUUAUUUUCUACUUGUUCUGAAGCCUGUGGAGUGUCUUCAUUGUAUUCAAUAGAAGUGCGUUGCGUAGCCUAAUAGCCUAGUUGAAAAGCCAGAUAGAUGAUUGUCAAGCCGCGCCGCGUCCACAUUAUGCCGAUCGACUUUCCACACGUGUCGAUCGACAUGUUCAAUAUUUGAAUGUGGACUAGUAAAUGUAGACUAGUUGAUUCGGUUCGGGACGACAUGAUUCGACAAAGCCGGGUGACAUGUCCACACUUGAUCGACAGUGUCGAUCGACCCCAUUCGGCAUAGUGUGGACGCGACUAGGUACAGCUAAGGCACUUGCAUUCAUUAAUAGUGCCUACAGCUACAAUAAUUACUGUUUCUAAUUCUACUGAAUUACACAGUAAGAAUUAAUUAUUGAAUUUAUAACACUUCGCCUACUUAUUUUCAUAUAUUUAAUUAUAAAAUGCAGAUUUAUUACGUUUAUUGAUCGCUUUGCCUCCGGUGAUACAUUGUGAUAUUUUUACACAUAACGAAUCUACAUAAAAUGAGUCUCCAAUAAUGUUGUAUCGCUUUUAUGACUAUCAUUUUACAUUUAGUAACUCUACUAUAAUUUUUUUAAUCCUAUAAUAUUUUUUUAUUGAAAUUAGUAAUAAAUACCACCAAAUGGUGUAGAUUCACCAAACCCUUAUCAUUUCCCACGUAGAUUUUUUAUAGUGAUUCUUAACUUUUUUAUUUUAUUUACUUUAUUUUCAUCUCACAAAGUUUUUAUAACUAUUUAUUGAACUUUUCUUGUAGAUCAUGGUAAUUGCAAGUUGUUGAACAAUUUUUGGACCAUCUGGCAUGUUAUUUCAAGAUAUUCUCCGAUCAAUGUUAAUAAGUGGUACUCACUUUUAUAUGUGGUGAGUGACUGGUUUAUUGUUCACUAAACAUGAAUCAAAGUGGCUCUUGAAAGCAUAUAAAAUGUUUAUAGGGAAAUAGAAUUUACCUUUAUUAAAUUAUAGGUAAUCUACUUGAGUCCCUGAAUCAUUAAUUUUAUUGAAUUAGCCUAAAGUAAAUAAAUUAAAUAAAGUUGAAAGUAUGUCGUUGACUAGUAUUUUAUAUUCUGUUAAUGUUUGUGUUGUCAUGUCGACAACUUGAUAUAAAUUAUAAUUUAUCUAGAGAUUCACUUUAAUCAUCGAAGUCAGUUAUUUACAUUGAAUAAAUUUUAGAAAUCAAAAUAUUUGAAUGCAUGAGAUUAAACAUAAUAGUUUUCUAUAGUUUACAAUUUAGAUUAUAAUUUCAUGUACAUAAAUUCUUAUAAAGAGUCUUGUUGCCAAUGAGCAUCAAGUAUGACAUUUUCACUGUAUAAUUCUCGAAAUGAGUAUGAUAAUUUCUCAAAUUUAUUGCAAGUGUUGUAUCAACAAUGGUAUUGUAUUUUCUCUUACUUGUCGUAGAUUGAGCCAAUUUCAUUUGUAGAUUAGUUAUUCUAUUUAAGAAUCAAGUUUUAUAAUAUUCUUAUUGAUUUUUUUGAGAGAGAGAAAUUGAAUCUUGUCUUGACAAAAUAAUAGAUUACUUCCUACAACACGAACAGAAUCGUACUUUUUCCUGGAUUUCUGAUUCAGAAGUCUUUUUUGGACUUUAAGAAAUUGACCUAUUUAUUAAUUUGCAAGUGAAAAGUGACUGAAUUUUUGUUUAGUAUUACAACAAAAAGCUGGUCUUUUAAAGCCUCUUGUUAAUUAUAUUUGACAUACCAUCCUAAACAUUUGAAUACAAAUUCAAUCAAACGAAAAAGUGAUUAUAAAAAUGUAUAUGCACCCAAACACAAAGUAGUAUAAGUAGACCAAUUCGGUUUUAGUGUUAUAAAUUAUACACCACAUUCUAAUCUGAAGUUUGUCUAAUAUGCAUUUAUUUGAGAAGAGUUGAAUCAUUUUUGAAUUUACUCUAAUGAUUACUGGUAUAAUUAUUGUUGUAAAUAUAUUUGUAUUGUUUACUUCACUGAUUGAGAUUGAGCAAGUAUUUGGAAAAUUUUCGAACGAAGUAACUCAUUUAUUACUUUCUAUUGUGUUAUUAAAAUAAUGUAAUCACUGUGGAUACUACAAUGUUGAUUUUUUACCUCCAAUUAUGAUAGCCUAAUUGUAAUAGAAUGAAUCAUUGGAUUGUUUAUGUCUUAUCAUGUCUGGAGUGUAUUAAACCAGUAAAUAGUGAAAUAGUAGUCGUUCCCGUAAAAUUAUUUUUUUUUAAUGUUAGAUAAUUAAAUGUAGGAUUAUAGUAGGUUACUUGAAUUAACAUCACAAUAAUGUAUUAAAUGUUUUGUAUAGAACAUUAUCAAAAUUGAAAAGAAUGUAUUUUUGUACUAGCUAUCUUCUUAAAAUUGCAUUUGCUGUGAGGUGUGUCAGUUUUGCAAUAAUAAUGAACUAACCGUUUUUCUAGAAUAUUUGCUCUGUAUAUAUUACCCAGUUUGCAAAUCAAAAAUAUAGGAUCUGUUUUAAUAGAUAUGUGGAUAGGCAGCGUAAGUGACUGUUGUAUAGAUGGAUGUUUGAUUUUAAUUUGCUUGUAAGUAUUUGUAAAAACUCUUAUUUAUAUGUCAUUUUGCUAGAAGUAGUAUUUUUUUGUAAAUAAAUAAUGUUGAAAGCUGAUUUAUCUGAGUUAAUACUUUCUAUUAAGUGAUUAAAAAAGUAAUAAAAAAUAAUAUAAGUCGUUCAAGUUAAUAAAGAUUAUUGUUGUUCCUCUCAUUAUUAAUCAUCUACUUGAUUAAAAAUGUCAUGUAAGAUAAAUUUAGAUUCAUCAUUCAGCAACUGAUCAAAUUUCGGUUGAAUUAUUUUAUUUUACGGCAUAUAUUAUAUAGCUCAUCUCAGAUUUUAGUUAUUCAAACUUUUUUAUAAUCGACCUCACCUGUAGAAUACUCACAGCCUGUCCCAUCUCCGAUAUUGAUUAGUUUUCUUUUUCAGUUUUUUUAAGACCACUGUACCCUAUUUUAUUGUUAUUGAUAAUAAUUAUCAUACAGAAGUUCCCUUUCUGUCCUUUAUCACAUUAUAUAGAACGCCAUUUUAACAGUGUUUUAUCAUCCUUGUAAAUAAUUGAAAUGGAAUUAAAUUAUGGAUAUGUUGAACUAUAAUUUGCAGCACUCUGAUAAUUUUGUUUUGUCUAUAUUUUAUAAAUAAUUAGUGUUAGAAUAGAGGUACAGAAAUUUUUAAUAUUGCACAAUGAUAUUAUGUUUAAUGUAAGGCAUCGUUUGUUAAUAAAUGCAUUUAAUAAUA